AUGCGAAUUGCCAGCAGCGCCGCAGACCUGGCACAGGAUGCUCGACAGCUGUCUGAUUAUCUGCCAAUCACACGUACAAGUGACUCUUCAGCUGCAGACGCUGUCGACCACCGCGACCGAAGAGCGGAUCGAGGCGGCGGCCGACACGACUCCCCUGUCCCUUUUUUGUUUCCUGAAGGACAUGCAGUCACCGCUGGCAACUCAACUCUAGCUCCUCGUACUUUGGGGAGUGAAGCGACAUACACGGCGUUGGACCGCAAAGAGGAGCGGAAAGUACCUCAGCAAGUGAACAGAGAGCUGUUGUCGCGUAGAGGCACUCGAGCUGGAUCGAUGUCCCUUCGAGCAAAUAGUUCGGAGGACGUGCUGGCACCGAUCUCGUCCAUGAAAUACGACGAAAAAGAAAAAAACGGCCCACGGUCGUGUCCGGCGACGUUCGCUAAUGCUCGCGCGACUCAAACCGCUUUCUCCCGACAUAAGAAACGGCACCAAUCUCGUGGUGGCGAGCUGAUUGCGUCCAAGCUCCAGCCGACGCGCGACAGUGUCAGUAACAUGCUCACUUAUCUACAUGAACUACGACGAUCGGAGGCGAGUUUGCGCAAGCAGCUGGUGACAACACAGCAGCAUACAGAAGAUGAGCUGAACCAAUCGCAGUCGAAGCUGAACAAAUUGCAGCAGGUGGUGCAGGAGGUGGAGCGGGACCGAAAGAUAGCGCAACAACGGUUGGAAGAGAAGGAGCAACGCAUUCGCGACCUUGCAAGCAGAUUAGAAAAGGCCGAGGCAGAACGUGCAAAGGUCGGUUCUGACUUUCAGCAUGUCUUUUUGUCAAGUGACGGGUUGCCAUCAAUUGCUGAAGAGGCGACGUCGCAGGCGAAGACAGAGCAAUGGACAGCGAAUCCGCGAAAAGUUGGUCGAGAAGCUAUACUUUCAGGGCAACUAACAGAAAAGCAUCCAGCCCUUACGGUGGAAGCACUGCCGCCUCAACCCCAUCAGACCCAGCCUUCAUCAUCUCCUAAGCGUGCAUCUUAUCUCCCGCCGACGACGGACGAUGUGUCUCAGCAUUUGAUUGAAUUACCUCGAUCGCCGAAUCAGCCUCUGUGGGAUCCAUGGGCGUCAGGAGGUAGAGCCUCUGUGGUAAACGUGCCACCUGUGUUCACGAUAAGCUCAACAGGACUUGAACCCUUGGCGGCUACGGUCACAGAGUCAGCUGGGGUUGACGUUGAGGAUUACGAGCUAAAGUCAGUACUCAUGUCUCCGCAUGGAGAUCGCUGUCAACCUCGAGCGAUACAUCUGGACAAGCAUGCGGAUUCGACGGCAGUGCCAGUGUCCGAUCAGCAUCACCUUGCUUCGUUCGAACCGCUGAGUUCUAGCCCUGCUUUUAGUAAUUCUCCGGAACCCUCGUCACUGUUGCAUCCUCAUCAGCAAAGCUUGCAGUCACGAGAAAAGCAGGCAAAAGCUGAUGAGGUGCAGACGCAAGAGAGUUUGGCAGCCAUGAAUUCAUCGUUGCGAUCCAACUCAGUGCAUCGCAUUGGAGCAAUGCCUUCGAACUAUGAAAGCAAUUUGAAGCAGCCUGAUGAUGACGACCCUUCUCAGGAUAGAGGGUUCCAUCCAGGAAAAGAGUCUCCAGACCACCAAGAUAUUCAUGAACGUUCACUCCGACCUCCACUGGCAGCAGUCAACAACGACACACCUCUGUCAUGUACGAACCAUGUCACCGCUUCAUCGAUCGAGUUUUUAACACAAGCUCCGCUGCAAGAUCGUUCAUUAGCUUCGGCGGUAUCGUGCAGUGAGAGCGACUUGGACGCGAAACCAGACAGUUGCAUCGCGAAACCUCCCGCAGAUUCUCCCCCUCAGCCUUUGUCAACGUCCAAGGCCAACCUGGAUUGGCCGUCUCCUUCGAACCAAAGAAGACACAAAGAUGUGGAAACAGAGCCUGUGCCGUUAGAGAAGUUGCUGGUGGACUUCUUCACGGAGGUAGACAACAAACGCUUGAAGAUGGCAAAGGUGUACGGAAAACGGUAUGCAGGCCGCGAGAAGUGGCUGUUUGCUGAGUUGACAAAGCGAUACGGUGCAGCAAAGGUGGCAGCGCUGAAGGCUCGGUUUGACACCGGAAGUGGUGGUCAUGUUUUUGCUGAAGCCAAUUGCGCUGAUGGACCGGAGGCACAACGUGCAACGAAAUCAUCCGACGCCCCAAAUCAUGCUGAGCCAGGUCGUCGAGGUUCUUUACAACGACCGCAAGUUUUCCAUUCGCCUACACCUACCAGCAAUGCGGGAUUCAGUGAUGGUGCAGGUGCGACCUCAGUGUCCACCGCGGAUGCUGGUCUUCAAGUAAGGGGCGAAUCGCGCCCUCAGAGUCGGCAGGUUGCAGCUGAGGUUGGGACUUUUCCAAUUCCGAGUGAAAGCGUUUCUGCGAAUCCUACAUCGUCUCAGCAGCGCCAUUCUGGAGGCAACAUGCCUUCUCCAUCUGGUUCCCACACUUCGUUUCCAAGUCCGCAGGAGACUGGCGAAGAACUCAAUGCGGCUUCUGUUGGUGAUACGGGUGCCUCAUCGCUUAAGCAUGGUCCAUUUUCUAUGACGCAACGCGGAGAGCCAUUCGGUCAUCGGUCUUUCCCUCCUCAGACGGGAACAGAAAGCGGCGAUGCGUCGUUGGGGCUUCGCCAGCGUCGCCAAACGUCUACUUGCGGCCAGGAUGAUGCCGCUGUGACCUUGGAAAGUUUGCUGGAGGAACUGUACAAGAAUCACCAACCUGAUAAGCUGAAGAGUGUCUCUACUGUCGCAAAGCAGUAUGCUGGUAAGGAGCGUGAGCUUGUUGUGUUACUGAAGGGGAAGUAUGGUGCCCUGAGCGUGAAACGGCUGGAAGAAAGUCUGGACGUGCUAGAGCGCGCCCACCUUGCUCGCUUGAGCAGUGAUGCUACCGGAAAGCGGCGCGGCUGUUUCGUUCGUACUAUCUCGCUUCUGUUUUGGCUCUCGCUGCUGCUGUUCUUCUCGUGUGGCGUUGUUUUUAUCAGCUUUGUCGUCUUGGACGUGUGGGAGUGCCAUUCUCUAGACAGUGAGGAGCAAGAGCCGGAAGGUGCUGAGGAGUGUUCUCUGCUAAAGGAGGAGCUUGCGGCAUUUACGUACGAGCGCGUUGCUGACUACGUGGGUCAGUCACAUCCAGAAGCUUGUUUCUGCUCGGAGUGGAAGGCGCGCGAAAGUGCGUUGUUCACUAACUAUUCGGGCGAAGACAUUGUCAAUCUGGCGAGAAUGGUUCCGUUCUCACCUGAAAAGUUUGGAGCAUCGUGGGUUGCAACUGUGAAGGCACAAGUACCAUCGCAAGAGUUUGUCGACAGCUAUGCCAAGCCUGUGGUGGACUUGUCGUUGGAUGUCGGCUCAUUCGUGUGGUCGUCCGUUCUCGAGCUCGCGGGGUCCAACAAGGCUUCGGAGGUGUCCCCAAUCAUGGGACGUGGCGACGAUCAUGAUCAUAGUGACAUUUCAUCUUCGGACGAAGACGACGCAGACUCAUAUCAGGAAAGUGCGGGGGUGGACAACGAUGAUUUUGCCGGCAAUGAUGGUGCAGAUGCUUUACCGAGAGGUGUUGAAGAGCUGGUCGAAGACCCAACAGUUGCGAUGACACCAGGUGUAAUCGACCAUGAUUCUCCCGAGAAGAAUACCGACGCGCUUGAAACAAGGCCUGUUGCUGAUGAGCUCGCCACUACUGUGGCAGACGACGUGUGGGAGCAGCACGAAGAUGGUAUUCCCGUUUUAGCCGAUGAGCGCGACAUUGAUGUGGUAGACGAUGUGUCGGGGAAGCACGAAGAUGUUGUUUCCGCUACGGCAGAUGGGCUUGGCACGAAUGUGGUAGAGGAUGUGUUGGUAGAAAACGAGGACGUUGUUACCGCUACGACCGAUGGGCUUGACAACAGUGCGGCGGAUAAUACGUCAGUGGAGAACGAGAAUGACGUUUCCAUUGCGGAUGACGAGACAUUCGUUGGCAAAAAGAGCUCGGCAUUCGAAAUGACGGAAGAUCUGCCGACUGUACCAGAGCCAAUCGAUAUGCUGGAGGUAGGCGAUACCGUACCAUCUGGAGUAGCUGAGUCGAUUGAUGCUAGUGAGCAGGCGCCAGGUGAAGAGACCGAAGCAGGGACUGACGUGGAGACUACGUGGGGCGGAUCUGCGACUACCAUGACUGAAGAUUACGAGUUCGCUGGUGGUGUCGAUGACGCGCUUGAAAUCGAGAUCGAAGUAUUGGAUUCUGCACUUACGAACGCUGCUGAUCGUGCUACUGAAAAAGCACCCGAGGUGGCGGCGGAAGACAACGAACAGACAUCAACUGGCGACGUUGCAGCUGAAGCGGAAAGUGUUGUGGAGGUGGAAGUGCGCCAGGAGGGUCUAGGCUUGUCGUACCCCGAGAGAGAGUCAGCUGAAGCACUCGGUGGCAAUUCUGCUGAGACGUCCGAACUGCCUGUGCAGGAAAACGUAGCAUCUCUGCUUGGCGGUGGUGAAGAGCUGGUCACAUCAAGUGAAGAAACGGAGGUUACACCACCAGUGACAAACGCUGUUGACAGGGAGUCCGCUGCGCACGUCAGUGACAGCACUAAGGCUGAUGUGGGGAUGAUGCAUGUGGAGUUAGACGAUGAUGCGGCAAGCGAGGUGUCUGAGUUAGACGCUGACACAGCUAGAGUUGAGGGACUUGAGAACGAAGAAUCGACUGAAGUAUCGCAGGUGGAGCUUUCAUCUGAACUCUCACCUGAGCUAAGCUCAGAAUUCGAGUUUGUAACGCACGUCAGCGAUCCGCCUUCGGUUUCUACUGGCGUUGAUAUAUCGGUGGCUACGUCGGGUGCUGACGAAAGUACCGCCAGCUCACUGUAUGAGGGACCGGAGCCAGAUGUUCGUGAGAAUGAGCUGGAUAACGAUGUGGACGCGGGUGCAGAAUUCGACGGAACGCCUGAUGACGAAAAGGUCAUGUUAUUCGAAGAUGAUGGUGCCGGCACCUUAGCAUUUAUCGAGACCGAGCAAUAUCUCACCAACCCGAAUGACGUGAAUGCAGACGAGGUUUCGCCAGAGGAACCCACAGUUUAUGUAUCAGAUGAUGGGUCUGAAGCAAUCGAAGAUGAUCAUGAAGAGUUGACUGCUUCUGCUCUGACGAGGGUAUCGUCAUCAGCCGAUAGCGAUGGAAACGUGUUUGAGGAGAAUGCUGAAGCAGGCAAUGACGAAUUGUUCCUUCUCGCUGAGGUGCAGCAAGGCAGCGAGCUGGACCUUGAGGACGACAUUAUGAUUGUGGGCAAAGAUACCGUGGCGCCUGACUUAUCGAAGGACGAUGAGAACAGGGAUUUUGGCUCGACUUUGUCGUUUGAGGCUGAGGUGGCGAGUCUCGAAGAGGCUACGGACGAGAUGGAUGAGGUGGGCGACGGUAGAGCUGGAUCUACCGCUCACCGCGACAUUGAAGCGGAAGAGUCUGCAUCUGAGGCUGACUUAGUAAUGGAGCUCGUUGCAGAAUCUGCGGUGGCUGAAGGUGCAGACGCACCGGACGAUAUGGAUACUAGUUCUGCUGAGCUUGUUGCAGCAGUGAACGAGAAUGCCGAGGUCGAUGAGACUGUCAGUGCUGCUGCAGGUAAAACAACAGAAGGUGCAGACAUUGUAUCAGCGGCCGAUGCUCCGACGCAUGUUACAGACAAGACCACAAUGAUGACUGAAGUAGGUACAUCAGCUGUAAAGAGCCUUGGUCAGCACGCUGAUGAGGACGACGACGACAAUGAGGACGAAGAGGUUGCGUUUAUGCUAGGACUCGAGGACCCUGGGGGAUUGCUUCGGAUGGCUGAGCGGGCUGCUGCUGCCACGGUAGAUAUGAGAUGA